AUGGCUGGCGGCGACCCACCAGCCUCGAAUUGCUCGCCGAAUGCUACUUAUUCCUCAGUCCCGCCGAACGUCACCACCCGCGUCGCGUUCGUAUUGAUCGACGGAAUCGGCGACGUGGCAGUGCCGUUGCUGGGCGGCCUGACGCCGCUCGAGGCGGCACAUACGCCGAAUCUGGAUGCGAUCGCGGCGGCGGGAGUCAACGGUCUGAUGGACCCUGUGGAACCCGGGCUCGCAUGCGGCAGUGACACGGCGCAUCUCUCUCUGCUGGGUUACAACCCCCGCCAGCACUACCGGGGGCGAGGGGCGUUUGAGUCCAUGGGCGCCGGGAUCCCCAUGCAGCCUGGGGACAUUGCAUUCAAGAGCAACUUUGCAGUGUUAGACGAGGCAACGGGGAUCGUGGUGAAGCGCCGGGCGGAUCGGCACUUUGAGGAGGAGUGGCCAAUCCUGUGCCGCCACCUGGAUGGCCUGAAGAUUCCUGGAUUCCCGGACUACCAAGUCAGCAUCAAAUAUGCCACAGAGCACAGGUGCGGCGUGGUGGUUCGGGGCCCAGGCCUGUCGGACAGGAUCGGUGGUACCGACCCUCUGAAGGACGGGCGGGCGCUAGGUGUCGCGACGCCAUUGGACAGCAGCCCGGAGGCAGAUCUGACGGCUCGUGUGGUGAACGCUCUGAGUGACGCCAUCCGGGCAGAAUUGAAAACUCAUCCAACGCGCAGCGGGCAGCGCAGGGAAAGAAUGUGGCGAACGUGGUUCUUCUGCGCGGCUGUGGAAUCAGGAUUGAGGUCUCGACCUUCCAAGAGCGGCACGGCGGUGGACGAUGCCGGACACGACAAGGCCGUUGAUCUUAAAGUGCGUGCGCUGGAGGCCGUUGAUCGCAUGGUGGGGCAGCUGGCGCACCUCCUGUGGCUGGUGCAGAGAGAAGGGGAUCGGGAGGAGGAGCAGCAGCAGGGGAACAACCAGGAGGAGCACGAGAAGCAGCAGCAGCGGUUAAGGUUCUGCCUGUGUGUGACAGGCGAUCACUCAACGCCCAUUCUGUACGGCGACCACACCGAGGAACCAGUGCCUCUGGCCAUCUGUGACCUCUCUGAUUUCAUCCACACAGUUCCCGGGGGAGAGACUGCUGUUCUGGGUGUUCAUCUCAGCCCCUUCCCCAUCCCCACCGCUGCCACUGUGGCUGCAGAGGAUGUCACUGGGGUAAACAGCGGGGUGUGGGAGAGGAAGGGGGGAGGUGGAGCGGAAAAGGGAGUGGAGACGGUGCCAGGGGUAGCUGGUUCUGUGGCAGGGGAUGGCGUGUCCAGGUUCAGUGAAUCUGCGGCGGCCAAGGGGAGCCUGGGAAGGUUUCCAGGGAGUGAGAUGAUGCGCAUCAUUAAGUGGUGGUCAGGGCGAGGAUGCUAG